AAGGGCUCCGGGGUUCCAGCCUCGCCAGUCGCCAUCAGUCCGCGUGCGCUGCCGCUUCUGGGCUCCUUCUUUUCCUCUUCCUCCUCCUUCUCCUGCGGCCCCCGAGAUGCUGGCACUGCGCUCGGCCAGCCGUCUUCCGCUCCUCUUGGCUCAGCCUUCGCCGCGGGGCCGCCUGGGCGCCGCGGGCCGCGAGCUGCUGCGGGGAAGCUCGGCUGCUGCCUCCGAAGGCGCCCACGGCCCUGGCACCGCCUGCCGGGCUUGCAGCAGCGACGGCCGAAGCGCCUCGCAGAACCCGCUGGUCUUCCUGGAAGUGGGCGCCGACAACCAGCCGCUGGGACGCGUCGUGCUGGAGCUAAAAGCUGACGUGGUGCCGAAAACAGCAGAAAAUUUCAGAGUUUUAUGCACUGGAGAAAAGGGCUUUGGGUACAAAGGAUCCACCUUCCAUCGAGUGAUACCUUCGUUCAUGUGCCAGGCUGGUGACUUUAUGAAUCACAACGGUACGGGAGGAAAAUCUAUAUAUGGCAGUCGCUUUCCAGAUGAAAAUUUCAUUCUUAAACAUGUUGGACCAGGUAUCCUGUCAAUGGCCAAUGCUGGCCCCAACACAAACGGAUCUCAAUUCUUCAUUUGCACGGCCAAAACAGAUUGGCUGGAUGGAAAGCACGUUGUGUUUGGCCACGUCAAAGAAGGCAUGGACGUUGUGAAAAAAAUCGAAAGCUUUGGGUCCAAGAGCGGAAAAACUUCAAAGAAGAUAGUCAUUACCGACUGUGGCCAGCUGUGAUCAUUCAACCUGUGACCUCAAGAUGCCUUCUCUGAAGAAUCAGAUGGAGAAAAAGAAUGCCUCAAAACUAUUUACUUAGAGAUUUCUCAGUUAAUCCCCUUGGACACCACUGAAAUACAUGAAGAAGUCCAAUUUGAACCACCUUGAACUCUUAAUUUUAAUAGCCUGUGUCACUUUUCAAUACCCAAAUUAAAUUUUCUAUCCGCAGUAGCUAAGUAACAGAAAAUGUGAGAACUGUAGCUAGUUGGGUUAUAUUAAAAGGUUAUCCUGCCGUUGGCUAAAUUGGUACUCAAAUUUUUCCCAUUUCAAGGGAAAGUAGAUCUGUGUAGGCUAUUAAGUCAAGAUGGCUUCAUAAUAGCCUCUUCCCCUUUAAACUUCAAACACAAACUCUUAAAAAAAGAAUAUAUUGGCUCUCAGUUAAAGCCUUUCCUGUUUCCGUGACUUGAAGACUGAAGAACCCUCCAAGCCGCAAACGUGGAAUUAAUGGAUUUCCUAGAGUUUGUCUGAAACUGCUCCUGUGCCUGGAUCAUGACAAGGACAAAAUGAUAGUUUGUUUGGGAUGCUUAGAAUGAGCACUUGCAAGGAAUGUGCUGCUUUUAGAAUCGGAAUUUAGGAAUAUGGUACCAGAACAUAUUCCAGAACAACUGGAAUAUUUUGAUUAACUUGCAAAAAAAAAAAAGAAUGUUACUUAUCUCAGAUGCAGUUUUGAAUGACUGAAUUUAAGCAUCAGGGAAAACUCUACGUAUUCACUGGUAAAUAUAGUAUGAUAGCUGACGUAUAUACUCAACGAUCUAUUUCUCCUCUUAACAAUUCUGUAUCAGAACCAGUGCUGGAUUGCAUUUUGCUUUAUUUAAAAGUAGAUUAAAUAGCUGCCAAGCUGCUAGGCACAGCCUUUGAGACUGUAAGUAGAUGAACUGGAUUACUAAUUCAAUUAUUUGCGCUUUCAAGCUUGCCACGCCCAAUUAGAACAGAAAUUCUAAACCUAAGACGGCUCGCUGGUUCAUAUCGUGAGCUGUGAAUUUCACAACGGAUUUCCCAUCUUCCCUUUUUUGGGGGGAGGGGGGAUUAAUUCAGAUUACUGUCCUAGAUCUCCACAUUCAGUUUCACAACAUAGAUGUAGCAUGUAGUUAAGGCUGGUGACCCACACCAUUGGUACCAGGGAUGGGUUUCACUUACCUUGGCUACUGGUUCGCUCACUAUGUUUUUGAAGCUUCUGUGCAUGCACAGAUCGUAUUUGAUGAUGGGUGGGCGGAGCCUCCCGUUGCGGCUGCUACCAGUUCGCCUGAAUCAGGGCAAACUAGUAGCAACCCACCACUGAUUGGUACCAUCGUCUUUAUCUCAGGAAUCUAAGGGUAGGUUCUGAUUUCACCAGAAUCCUACAAUAAUGGAAUUGCAGUCAGGACUGCAAAACAGGAAAUAGAAAAUAACUCUUUUAUCUGUCCUUACAUGUUGGGGGUUUAUGAGGAACUUGAACUGUUGAUGUGAGCAGCCAUCUUGAAUUCUGCCGAAGACAAGCUGAAAAUACCCAUGCUGUAGUCUGUUACUGAUUGCACCUGUCUCCACUAAGCGAGCAGAGUUAAGAAUUGAAGCCAUGUAUGUGUGUCUUUUAUCAGAUUUUGAAAUGUGAUGACCCUUUUUAUGUGAAUUUAUAACUCUCUAGUGGUCAUUUCGCUGAAGGUUGAAAAUGCUGCCGUAUACAGGUAUCCUCAACUUAACGGCCAUUUGUACAGUUCAAAAUUACAACAGUGCUGAAUAAAGUGACAUCCAACCCAUCCUCCCAAGUUACAACCGUCACAUUAAUCUCCCCCCCGCCCCCCUGUCCCGACCACAUGACUGGGAUUUGGGUGCUUGGCAACUGGCUCACGCACAACGGUUGCAGUGUCUUGCAGUCACACGAUCAUAGUUGGCUUCCAACAACAUCAGUGUGGAAGUCCGCAAGGAAAGUCACAGAUCACAAGCUUGUGAUGUCUGGCUUCACAACUGUGGCGAAAACGGGUCAUAAAAUGGGAGUGAAGUCACAUCAUGAUGGGUUUUUUUUUUCUGGUCUUUAGUUGCGGUCGUUGGUUGAGACUACCUUUAUACGGAAAAGUCUAAGAACAAAUGUGAUAUCUUGAUCCAUGAUUUUCUCAUUGUUUUGAAGUGUUUUUGAACUUGUUGGCUCAUGUUCUCUAUCGAUAAUGAAUGGUAUUUUUUAUAACAUGUUUGUUUAAGUAUGUAAUAUAUUAAAUACCUUUGCUAGGAGACAAUGCUUUUAUGUCUUUCUUAGGUUAAAGAGAAGCAGUUCCUUAGUCC